AUGGCUGGCACGCUGAAGUGCAUGGACGCCGAGAUAUCACAUUUUUUGGAAGCGGCCGUAUCUGGUGUGGUUGUCAACGUCGCUUCCGUCUGCGGCGAGGUCGCAUAUUGCUCCCCGCCUUUCCUCUAUGGCGUCUCCAAGGCCGCCGUGAUCUCCGCCACUCGGCAAGCCGCGCUGAGCUAUGCCCCCCACGGGAUCCGGGUCGCCGCGCUGGACCCCGGCGCCGUGAACACGACGCUGCUCCGGGGUGGGCGCUCCCCGACUGACCCCGUCUGGCUGGCGACCCGGCGCUCCCUUGAGGCCAUGAUACCCCAGUCUCGCAUCUCCGAGCCCUGGGAGAUGGCCGGGCCCAUCACCUUCCUCGCCUCGGACACGGGACAUGGCCAGCUACGUGACGGGCGCGACCGCCACGGUGGACGGGGGUUUCGUGCUGAACGGCCCGGUCGCGAGGCCCGCCGAGGAGGCUGA